AUAUGUAAAGGAUUACCAGAUUUUGCAUGUGCGUGUGUGUGUGUGUGUGUGUGUGUGUGGUGAAGACAGAAAAGCAUUGCGUCAUCGGAGGAGGUGUGUUGAGCGGGAGGCGGGGCGAGCCGGCUGUCAGUCAGUCAGUGACGCGGGGAACACGUGUGAUGGUCAUGGCUCGGACGAGGGUGCUUCUGCUUGGCACAUCUUGAGCGUGAGGAAGCAGCUCGCUCGCCGACCGGUUUACCCGGGCAGCGGAUGCCGGCGUGUGUGUGCGUGUGUGUGUGUGUUACUGCAAUUGAAGCUGCUGCUGCUGUGUGGAAUAAUGCACACACACAGAGUUUUGGUUAGGGAAAUAAUACUAUAGUUUGUGCUGGAACCUGUAGCAGCUUGAAGGACACCCGGCUUAAGGUCUUCCUUCUUUCAUCCUUCCUUGCUUCCUUCCCGACUCUAAAAAUGUCUCACUAUCAUUUCAUCAAAUGCUGCUGUUUCCAGCUAUGUAACGUCUUUCGUCACAACAUGGAGAUAGACCAGUGUCUGCUGGAGUCUCUGCCCAUCGGACAGCGCCAGCGGGUGGUCAGGAGGAUGCGCUGUGACCAAAUACGGGCGUAUUACGAGAGGGAAAAGGGCCCCCAGCAACGUCAGCAGGGCGGCGUCAAAGUCAGAAGAGUUCCAUCCGGCCACCGUGAAAAACAACAAGUCCGCUUUGGUUUGGCCGACAACUUACAGGACGCCAUCGUUCGCCAUGACGAUAAAGAAGUGUUGCGUCUCCUAAAGGAGGGAGCUGACCCCAACGCUCACAUUUCCUCUGGAGGUUCAUUACUCCACCUGUGCGCUCGCCACGACAACGUGUUCGCGGCGGAGGUGCUGCUGGAGCGAGGCCUGAGCGUCAAUCAGCAGGACGAGGACCUGUGGACAGCUCUGCAUGUAGCAUGUGUGUGCGACCACGUCGACAUGGUGCUGCUUUUGCUUCUGGCCGGGGUUGAUGUGCUCCUGCAGGACGUCGACGGGCACAUUCCUUCGGACUACGCCUCAGAGGGAACCGAGAGCAGUUAUAUUCUCCGAAAACACCUGGAGGAAAAUGGUGUGCAUGUGUCAUCUAUCCACACCGUGAGGUCGCAGAGAUCCAAUAUCAUGUUGUCUGAUGUGAAGCAGCUUGUAGCCGCGGGGGCCGAUCUCAAUCAGCCCAAUGACGACGGAGUCACCUUGCUUCACAUAGCAUGUGCUAGCGGCUAUCGGGACGUGGUGGCCGUGCUGUUGGACAACGGGGCCGACCCUCAUCCUGUGGCCAACAACUUUUGGAGCCCUCUUCACUUGGCUGCUAAAUAUGGACAGACAAGCAUUGUUGGUCAACUGCUGAGGCAUGGCGCCAGCCCAGUGCUGUUAAACUGCAACCAAGAAAAGCCCUCUGAUAUUGCUGCAUCAGAGCACAUAGCGGACUUGUUGUUGAAAGGAGAGACCAUUUGGCUGCAGAGGCUGAAGGACCCUUCCACUCCUUUGCUCUCCACGGACCAACGUGACGACACCGGAUCAAAUGACUUCAGUACCCCGGUCAAGAAGCUGAACCAUUUCAGGCUCCCCAUCGCAAAAAGGGACAACCUCCUGGAGAAAUGGGCGAUGUUCCGAGAAGCGAGCGGGGGCCUCAGUCGGCAGCCAUCGCUGGAUAACGUCCUUGACGGCCCCUUCAGCUCAGGAACAAGCAAACUGGAGCAGGUGAAGCUGAUGCCUCCAGCCCCCAAUGAUGACCUGGCGUCUCUCAGCGAGCUGACAGACAGCAGCCUCCUCUACGAGAUGCAGAAGCGUUUCGGCAAUGACCAAAUUUACACUUAUAUUGGACACAUUCUUUUGUUGGUCAACCCAAACAAAGAGCUGCCCAUCUACUCCACUUUGGUGAGUCAACUGUACCUGAGCUCCACAGGUCGCUUAUGCUCCUCACUGCCCCCUCACAUCUUCUCCUCGGCGGAGAGAGCGUACCACAUGAUGCUCCAGGAGAGACGACCGCAGUGUUUCAUUCUGAGUGGUGAAAGUGGUUCAGGAAAAACGGAAGCCAGCAAACACAUCGUGCGACACCUGACGGCCAGAUCCAGCCCUAAAGGCUUUGCGCUGGAAUCCAGAAUGAAACAUGUAAACCGUCUUCUGGAGGCUUUCGGUCACGCAAAGACGCAGAGGAACAAUAACUCCAGUCGGUUUAUUAAGCUGCUGACCGUCCAGUACUGUGGCAAGAGGAAGACACUGCUCAGAGCCCGUGUGUCCACUUACAUGCUGGAGAAGACCCGUGUGGUCCAGUUGCCUCCUCACCAGCGCAGCUUCAGCAUCUUCUACUUGAUGGCUGAGGGCCUGUCACCCGAGGAGAAGAGUUCAUUAUACCUCAAUAACAUCUUGUCUCAUAGGUGUCUUAGUGAAGGGCUUCCAAUGGGGAACCUUCCUGUGGAUGUAGCCUCGUCAGAGGGCAGGGAGCGCCUCAGCGGUGUUAAGCAAGCCUUUCAAGCAGUGGGCUUCAACAAGCGGGAAGUGGAUUCCUUGUUUACACUGCUCUCCGCCGUGCUCCACAUUGGGGAUCUGCGUUUCUCAGCCCUGACAGAUGCUGAAAGCGCCUUUCCUGCUGACCUGCAGUUGCUGGAGAGAGUGGCGGGACUGUUGCAGGUGUCUUACAGUGACCUAAGCGCCGCACUCACCUCGGACGUCCAAUACUUCAGAGGUGAUGUGAUCACUCGGCGCCACACGGUGGAGAUGGCCCAGCAAUGCAGAGACCAGCUAGCCAAGUCCAUUUAUGGGAGACUCUUCAGCCACCUGGUCAACUGCAUCAAUGACUACCUGCAAGGACAGGAUGACAGCGUGGGUGACCCCUCCUUAGAAAUUGCAAUCCUGGACAUCUUUGGUUUUGAAGAGUUUCAGAAGAAUUCAUUUGAGCAGCUGUGCGUCAACAUGACCAACGAGCGGCUGAGGUGCUACGUCUCUGAGGUGCUAUUCCGGCAGGAGCUGGCUGAGUGUCUGCAGGAGGGCGUCGCCAUGGAGACACCAGCAUCCCCCAGCAACCAGCCAGCUGCUCUGGACUUCUUUUUGCAGAAGCCCCAGGGACUGUUAAGUGUGCUGGAUGAGGAGAGCCAGAGUCUGCGACCGACAGAGCAGAACCUGUACAAGAGGCUUUGCGCCCAGCUCGAUUCCAACCCCACUCACGGCCUCGGGUUUACCACCAAGGAUGGCAACGGAAACCCCUCACCCAAGGAUCAAGGCCCUACCUUUACUGUCCUCCACUACACCGGACAGAUUGCUUAUGACCUGACUGGAUCUCUCCUCAAAAACAAGGACUCCCUUCCUCAGAACAUCUUGUUUACCAUGAAGUCCAGCGACAGUGUGUUACUGCAGCAGCUCUUCCGGUCCAAAGUGACCCAUACUGGUUCUCUGGUACCAGCAGCUCAUGGCCGUGUCGGCCUGAGGGGUUCCAAAGCCGCUCUGCUUCUGCAAAGGACGCCACCAACAGGCGCUUUCAUCGGUGCUCCCCAACCACACCGAGGGUACCAUGACCUUGACAAGAUGCUAAAGAAGAAAGGCUCCAGCUCCUUCCUGCAGCGACUAGAACGGUGUGGGCCCAUCACAGUGGCGCUCCAGCUGAGGAAUUCCUUGUCGGAUAUAAUCGUAAAGCUGCAGGCUUCCACGGCCCACUUUGUGGAGUGCGUGCGUCCAAAUGCCGGCAUUCAACCCGACGCUUUCGACAGCACCCACGUGUCUGCCCGGCUGCGUCAUGUCGGCGUGCUUGACAUGGUGCGCACCAUCCGUUAUGGCUACCCCGUACGCCUGUCCUUUGUGGGCUUCAUCAGCAGAUACAAAGAUCUAGUCGUCCCAACGCUGGCGGACAAGAAGAAGCUGUCGGCGGAGGAGACGUGUCGCGCCGUGCUGCAGCAGAGCAAACUCCAGGGAUGGCAGGUGGGCAGCAGCAAAGUGUUUCUCAGAUACUGGCAGGCAGACCAGCUCAACGACCGCUGCUACCAGCUUCAUAAAAAGAUCAUCACCUGCCAGAAAGUGGUGCGUGGCUGGCUGGCGAGGCGCCGCGUGCGUCGCCGGCUCUCGACGUCGCGGCGGAAAGACGGCGAGCGCGGCGUGCAGCGCUUCCUGCAGGGGGCGGAGGACAUGGGCCUGCGCACCUACGACCGCCUGGUCAUCCAGAACGCGGCCGACAUCGCGCGGGAGAGCGACCGCCUGCGUUGCCACGGCAACAGCGGCCCACACCGCACCUCCCUUGGCGGCAGCCCGCCACUUGGGGAGAGGCCCGACCCGGUGGGCAAGGAGGAGGACCAACCUGUUAAAAGGAGUGUGGAAAAAGCUAUCAGCGGGGGAAGCCGGGUCAUCCGCCACUUUCGAUCGAGCUCGGUACCCGUCCCCCUCGCCGUGGACAUCAGCAGUCCGGGCGUCAGACCGGCGCUGCAGCAAGUAGCGGACAGCCCCACUGGAGGCGCUGUUUCCUCUCCUCGGAAGCAACCUCCCCCGAAACCAAAGAGGGACCCCAACACCCGCCUGAGUGCGUCGUACGAGGUGGUCAGCGCGGGGCUGGUGAUGGCGGCCAAAGAGAGCCCCACUCCAGAAGGCUACGCCUCACCAGCUGGGAGCCCCCCUAAGUGCCAGCUGUCCCCUACAGACCCCGCAGGAUUAUCCAAGCCCCGCCCCCACAGCGACGACUACACCACCAUGAGGAAGGUGCCCCCGCCCAAGCCCAAGCGCAGCCCCAACACAAAGCUAACGGGCUCGUACGAGGAGAUAAACGCUGCGGCGCCUCUCCUCCAGCAGUUUCGCCCUGCUGAUGUCAAGAUGGCGCUGCUGUCGCGAGGCGGCAGCCUGAUGCAGAAGGCGGCUUCUCUGGAUGCUCCUCAGGGCUUAGGGCUGAGUCUCUACCAGGGCCAGGAUGACGAGGACGUCUAUAUCGAGAUGCUAGGCUCUCGAAGCCUCCAGGAGCCGCCCGACAGCCCGGAGGAGGCGGAGUCAGAAGCAGUGUACGAAGAGAUGACCUUCUUUCCUCCAGAUGACGCCGCUCCACCGGCCCCUGCAACCAAGGCGGCCAGACUGCAGGCUCUCAGCUUGGGCCUCCUGAUGAGCAACACGUGUCCCCCUCAGAGUGGGGACAGCAAGCGGGUGUCCGCGGGGGUGACGGCGGCAAUGGAUGUCGCUUACCCUCAGACGGCACCCAGGAGCCAUGGAAAAGACUGCGACAUCCCGGCGCCUUUUCCCAACUUGCUCCAGCACCGACCGCCUCUGUUGGUGUUCCCUCCGUCCCCCGUCACCUGCUCACCUGCAUCCGACGAGUCUCCCCUCACUCCUCUGGAGGUGAAGAAGCUGCCCGUGUUUGAGACCAACCUGAACUACUCCGCCACGCCAGACAGCCCCCUGUCGCCUCAAUACAUGCGCCAGAGGGCCGACUCGUCCCCGAGCCUCACCGUCCUCAUGCCGGAGAAGAAGGGCACGCCUCCCCUCACCCCUCCCCUUCCUCUUCCUACCACAAACGCCCUGCCUCCUCCAUACAGACCACCGUCCCACUUCCCCUUCCCGCCUGAAACCAACUUCCUGUCUUUGACCCGCACGGGUUCCGUCACGGGGACUCAGUCGGAGUCCUCCAAGGCCCAAAGGCCCAAUGUGGAGCCACUGGGGAAGCCGCCCCCUUACUCCCCGGGAAAGAUGUCGCGUCCUGAGCCUCGUAGAGCGCACUCCUGCUCCUCCUCUCCGCUGUUGUUCAACCCGGCUAAUGGCCGACCCCUGACCAGCCCCCUGGAUGAGCUCAGCACCUUGUUCAGCAGCGGGCGCAGCUUGCUGAGGAAGUCCUCUACGCCACGCAAGAUGCGAGACGGAGGGUUCAACUCCAACAUCAAUCUGCCCUGCCGGGACGAGUGUGGCUCUGCCCCGUCCUCGCCAUUGCUGCAGAUGCAGGACAAGAACGCCAACAAUCACUCGGUUCACUCCUCAAUCCCCGCCCCUAUUGAGAACGGCAAUCAGAUCUCCAACGGGUCACUAGGGGAUGAGGUUCAUGUCAAGUCAAACAUGUCCAGCUCCUCUCUGCACAGGCACAUGGACAGCCACCACACACAGGCGUUCCAGAGGGCAUGUCUUUCCAAGGGGGACACCACCACGCUGCGGGAGCUUCUGCGCUGGCGGCAAGCGCAGUGUGAGGGGCGGGGCCACUGGAAGCAACGCCCGCCUCAGACUCCGCCCUUGCCCCCCACGCUGCUCUGGUCCAGCAGGAAGACUUCCCCGUGACCUUAGGACGGAAUGUUUCGAGCUGCAUAAACCUCAAAUGUCGUAUUUCACGGUCGCAGACCUGAUGGGGCCUUGGGGUCGCCUUCACCCUGCCAACCAUGAAGCACUUUGUGACUGGAAAGCAAAUUCCCAGGGACAUCAUGUACAGUACAUGAAUAUUUAUUUAAAAGGAUGGCAUAGCUGGGUUAGAGUUGCAAGGUCUAAAAAGAAGAGAAAAGCUGGUGCUGAUUAUACUUGAUGUGCUUUCCUGCGACUGACGUUUACAAGUCAACAGACUUCUUAACACACUCCAGCUACCAGAAACGUUUCAGGUAAACCGUUCCAACACAGAGGUACCUCAGUAACAUCCCAAGGUGCAUCCCUCUUGUUUCCUGUUGCCUCCAUCCUUUGAGGAAAACCUUUGGACGCAAACUACCGUACUUACCUUUGUGGUAAAGAAGAGAGCCAACAAAAAAACACGCUCUAAGUAUCAGAAGCUUUCCAGGUACUCGGCUCCAACACCGACAACGUUGUUUGUUCUACAUCUUCAACCACAAAACAACCACAGAUCCCGCUAAACUCAGUACUAUCACAAAAUGCAGUUCUCUCCCAUCUGCCUAAUGCCACUUACCAUAAACCAUUCACAGUUCCAGCACUGAAGCGCUGGUUUGUGUUACGUCUUUAGAAAAAAACAACAACCGCAGAUCAGGCUAACCUCCCAAAGUGCAUUUUUCUCAACUCUGCCUACUACCAGCCUUUGAGGAAGACUUCUGGAUGCUGAAGAUUGGACAGAGAACACACCUUCUAGGUACUUAAUACUUAUCAGUGACAGGGAUGGUAGUCCAACGCUCUUGGUACUUCUUCGUCAUCAGAUCCGACUACCUUAAGUAACAUCCCAAGGUGUGUUCGUCUUGACUUCUGUUACCAACACCCUUUAAGUGAGACAUCUGGAUGCUGGUGAUCAGACAGAAAACACACACACUCCAAGUACUUCAAACUUAUCAGUGACCGAGGUGGUAGACCAACGCUCUAGGUACUUCUUCAUCUUCAGCAACAAAACCACCACGGAUCUUUCAGUUACCCUCAGUAACAUCCCAAGGUGUUUCCUCCUGACUUCUGUUACCAACAGUCCCUGUGGAAGACCUACGGAUGGAAACUGCUGCUCUUAACUUUCUGGUGAAACGGACAUCCAACAAAAAAAAAUCUGCGACCAGAAACGUUUCAGGCACAACAUAACACGCUACCCUCAGCUACAUCCCAAGGUGCAUUCCU